ACCGCGCCCGCCACGCAGGCGCACCGUGGCCUGCUGCAAUGGCGCUGCCGUGCGUCCUGAACAGGUACCUGCUGCUCAUGGCUCAGGAGCACCUGGAGUUCCGCCUGCCGGUGUUGCCCUCUACUGCCCAGAAGCUCUACUCUCUGGAGCUGCUCAGCACCUGAAGCAAUGGUGGGGAUCACAGGAAAUAAAGUCUUUACUUUCACUUUUUGGUGGUCAGUUCACCAGUAGCCAGGACACUUAUGGAAAGUCUCCUUUUUGGAUUCUUACCAUUCCCUCUGAAGAUAUUGCCAGAAACUUAAUGAAACGGACAGUGUGUGCCAAGUCCAUAUUUGAAUUAUGGGGUCAUGGAAAAUCUCCAGAGGAGCUGUAUAAUUCUCUUAAAAACUACCCUGUGGAGAAGAUGGUUCCAUUUCUACAUUCAGAUUCCACCUAUAAAAUAAAGAUUCACACAUUUAAUAAAACUUUGACACAAGAGGAAAAAGUCAAACGAAUAGAUGCACUUGAGUUUCUACCAUUUGAAGGAAAAGUGAAUUUAAAGAAGCCACAGCAUAUAUUCUCUAUUUUGGAAGAUUAUGGUUUGGACCCAAACUGCAUCCCUGAGAAUCCACGUAAUAUUUAUUUUGGUAGAUGGAUUGCAGAUGGACAGAGAGAGCUUAUUGAGUCAUACAGUGUCAAAAAGAGACACUUUAUUGGAAAUACAAGCAUGGAUGCUGGUUUAUCAUUUAUUAUGACUAACCAUGGAAAAGUGAAGGAAAAUGAUAUUGUCUUUGAUCCAUUUGUUGGAACAGGUGGCCUUCUGAUAGCAUCUGCUCAUUUUGGUGCGUAUGUAUAUGGGACAGACAUAGACUACAACACAGUUCAUGGUUUGGGAAAGGCGAGUAGGAAAAACCAGAAAUGGAGAGGACCAGAUGAAAACAUUAGGGCAAAUCUUCGUCAGUAUGGUUUAGAGAAGUAUUACCUUGAUGUCCUGGUUUCAGAUGCAUCUAAACCUUCCUGGAGGAAGGGCACAUAUUUUGAUGCAAUAAUCACUGAUCCCCCAUAUGGUAUUAGAGAAUCUACAAGAAGAACAGGUUCACAGAAGGAAAUACCAAAGGUAAUAGAAAAAUGUCCAGAAAGCCAUGUGCCUGUUUCCUUGAGUUACCAUCUGAGUGAUAUGUUUUUUGACCUGUUAAAUUUUGCGGCAGAGACCCUUGUAUUAGGUGGAAGACUCGUCUACUGGUUACCAGUAUACACACCAGAAUACACUGAAGAAUUGGUACCCUGGCACCCUUGCCUGAAACUCAUUAGCAACUGUGAGCAGAAACUUUCCAGUCACACAUCAAGGCGCUUGAUAACAAUGGAAAAGGUGAAGAAAUUUGAGAACCGGGACCAGUAUUCACAUCUGCUAAAUGAUUACUUUCUGCCAUACCAAGGUCAUAAUUCCUUCCGUGAGAAGUAUUUCAGUGGGGUAACAAAAAGAAUUGCCAAGGAAGAGAAAUCUAGCCAGGAGUGAAAAUUAAGAUUUUGACAAUGGAGAAGGAAUAAGGAUAUGAUAGAAAAUACAUCUGGAUGUGACCUUUCAUGUAUGAUAAAGAAAACAUAUACUGUUUUAAAUAAUUUUAUGUAACAAAAUAAAUGCUGCCAAGUAAAUCAAGCAAUUCUUUUACAGUUAGCUUUGUUUUAUAGACUGUUUUGUUGUAUGUGGUCUUUUGAACCUUAUUUAAUUUAUAUUUGUACUUCCAAGUAUUAUGGAAAUUGAGACAGUUAUAUUUUUGAUAAUUAAUUUACAAAGGAACCAAUAUUGUCUUUUUAAACAGAUAAUAGCUGGGUAUGUUUAGGAGGUUAAUCGUGGUUGGGAAUUUAUUCAUUCAGUAGAUUUCUUUAAUUUGGUUUUUGAUUGUAAUUGAUUUAUACUGCCACUAAUAAAGCUCACUGAGGUUUCCUAAA